AUGUCAGCGGUGGAAACAGAAUCGAAAUACUUUCGCGAUGUUAACAAUAUGUUACCGAAAUGGUUCAAACAUACCAGAAGUAUCAAAUGUGGUCGUAAAAUAAUUUGCGUUGACCAGCUAUACGGUUGGAGAGGGAAAGAUACAGGAUAUUAUGGUUCAGAAGAACUGGAGGAUACACCAGACUUUCUGGAUGAAGUAAAAAUUCCCCCCGUACAAAGCGAAGUUAAGAAUGAACAAUUGGAAAUUCUUCGGAAGGAAGCAAAGGAACGAUUGAAGAAAGCGAGAGAAACGCAUCCUAAUUUUAAUGUCUUAACGGAUCGUGCGCCAACUCCGGAUUUCAGUGUUACUUAUAUUGAAACAUCAUACAGUGCAGACGAUGACUCAGUAAGCAGAAGUCAGCAGACAGACGUCCUUACUGCCAUUGAUGAAACAGAAAAAACUGCUAUUGACGAUACUGCAAGUGAUGAAAAUGACAUCAACGAUUUUGGUGAACCAAUGGAAGUUGAUGGCUGUAAAACUUCAUAUUUUCAUCAUAAUACAUAUUGUCAAAGCCAAAAUGUGCAGGAAACUCUCAACCAAACUUUGCUAAAGAACAAUGAUACAAACCUGACAUAUACUGUUGAAAAGAACGAAGAUAAUAAACUUUUGCUUACUAGCAAUGAUCGCGUGGGCAAUAGUGAAGAAUGUGAACCCAUGUUAGAACCUAAAUCGAAUGAGACUAUCACUGUUGAGAAAUCGCAGGAAGCCGAGGGCAUUAUGAUGAAUCCAAUACAAGAAGAUCAAAAGGAGCAGCACAACAUUUCUGUACUCGAUUCUAAUGAAACUGCUAAAAAAAUAUCACGGCGGGAGAUUUUAAAUAAAGCGAUGGAAGUAGCUGAACAUCAGAUAUUGCAAACGGCUGGAUUGAUCAGUAUUCACCAUGAAAAUGAAAUAUCUCCACAGCAGGCAAACCAAAAAAUUUUUGAAUAUCCUGCUCCUUUGCAAGCAACAUUUGAUUUAUCUCGUAUUGAUAAAUUUGAUUUAUCAGCUGGUGGAAAAAGUGAAAUUUCUCCAAUAAAUCCGCGAGCUUCCCGUAUUUCUCGUUCUGAUUUAAUGGAGCAGAUGGGUAAUAGUAUUACACGUGUAAAUACUUCACGUCCAAACGACCGAACUGCUAUAUCUUUCAAAACUCCUAAGCAACAUAUGAGGACUGUAGUGGAACAUACGGUAAUCAGGAAACAACCUACAAUUGCUACACCUUUGUUCAGGAAAAGAUCUGUUGCGUCUACAGCUUCACGUGGCACUAGUACUCCAAUUGAAGGAUCUGCUUGUUACGUUUGUCCACGUUAUGACGCUCAUCAUGCUGCUUUGGCUAGUCACGCUACGCAGACAGGUUCUGGUACACCGAUAUCAUUUCAUAGUCGGAUUUUGCCUCAGAAUGCGCUGACACCAAUACGUCGUCCGUUACCAUGCUCUUCACGUAUUUCCUGUGAACUAUCUGCUGGGAAAGCUUCUACACUUUCUCGGAUACCUGUACCAACUAGUGCAUUAAAAGCAAUUUCACAGUAUGGUACUCCGUCUCCUUCAUCAAAACGAAGCGCUUUAGUCGAUUAUGAAUUGACUCCUAAGUUACACGUUCUUAAUGCGAAACAGACAUCGUGGCAGGAAUGCAAUAAAACUGAACUUGGACAUCGGCACACAAGUUGUAUGAGUUCGGUCACGCAGAUACCAUUAUCACGUUUUGCUUUCGAGCAUUUAAAAAGUGGUGGAACGCCAAGACCAAUUUCCAGUACAGAAAAAAGAUGGAAGGAAAUCACAGGAGAUAAUUCAUUACUGUCAGUUCCAAAAACACCCGUUGCAAAAACUGAUAUAAGCCAGAUGCUUGUCGAUAAUGUUAUGAGAAGUGGACCUGCAUAUAGACGUCGGCCUCAUCCUUCGAAGUUAUUGUCGUCAAUCGGAAAACUUCGGUUUGAAAAGAGUGCUGAGAACUCCAACUUGUCUCCGAAAUAUGUGAGUCCAACAGCAAAAGUUUCUAAAGAGGAAAUAAAUGAUACUCAGCUUGUUGUUAUUGAAAGUUUUGACGGUGAUACAAUGGAAAAAUUAGUUGAAAAUACAGCCAAAUUAAUCGUAAAGGAUAAGGAACAAAAUAUACCUUUGGAGGAACCGGAAAUUGUUUUUGAUACUACUGUCAACGAAUAUCGAAAACGGGAAAAAACACCUCUUUUUGAUACUGGAAAUUACUUUGGUCGACGGAGGAUUUUAUCAAUGCUUAAUGAAUCAAAUGUAUCAGUGAAUACACCAGGCAAAGAGGAGGACCCAGUUAUCAAAAUAAAUCCAUCGUUUAGUGAUAAUUCACACAAUCCAUCUGAUAUUUCGGCCUCUCCCGUGCACAUCAUAGCAGCGAAGAAUGAAGACAAACAUUCUGCUGUCCUACGUGCCCGCAAAAUAGUACACUGUGAGGAAACUGAAGGAGGUUUGCGACGUUCAAAAAGGAAUCGCAUUGCUCCCAUUCGUCACUGGCUAGGUGAGAAGCCCGUUUACCGCCGCGAUCAGCAAGGGACGUAUGAAUUGGUUCGAGUGGAAGAAGCGGUUGUCAAGGAUCCUUUAUUUGUCAAAUACAACACAAUUGAUAUGGACACAGCUUUAGAGCGGCAAAAGCGAGAACAGAAGCAACAUGCCCGUGCUCGUAAACUUCGUAAAUUCGAUCGUGCGUGUCGGGAUUAUGCUGAUUAA